UAAAUACAUACGAAGACAAAAAAGUUAAGGACAAGAUACACGAGUAAAAUAAUCAGCUGAAAAUGGUCAUACCGUAAAUUCACAUUACAACACACAUCUUACUGACAAAACAAUUAUUUAAGAGCUAAUUACCAUCAGUUUGUUAAUACAAUCUAAUUAAUAAGUUCAAGUAGGUGAGGAUUUAGAUAAUUAUCGCUAUUGAUAAGGAGUAAUUAAAUAAACAGUAAUGAUGAAUAUGUGGAAAGUUCGAGAGCUCAUGGAUAAGGCGACGAAUGUCGUCAUGAAUUAUACAGAAACAGAAGCCAAAGUAAGGGAGGCUACAAAUGAUGACGCUUGGGGACCAACAGGUGCUAUGAUGCAAGAACUUGCACAGGCAACAUUUACUUACGAACAAUUUCCUGAAGUUAUGUCAAUGCUUUGGAAACGUAUGUUGCAAGAAAAUAAACGUAAUUGGAGGCGUACCUACAAGAGUCUCCUGUUGCUGAACUAUUUAGUACGCAAUGGGUCCGAGCGGGUAGUGACGUCAUCUCGUGAGCAUAUUUAUGACCUUCGGUCUCUGGAAAACUACACAUUCGUCGACGAGAUCGGCAAAGAUCAGGGUAUUAAUGUACGGCAUAAAGUGAGAGAAUUGAUAGAAUUUAUUCAGGACGACGAUAAAUUGAGGGACGAGCGUAAAAAAGCCAAGAAAAAUAAAGAUAAAUAUGUUGGGAUGUCAAGCGACGCGAUGGGAAUGAAUUUCCCUUCGGGUGACCGGUGGUCCGAUAACCCAAAAUGGCAGACUAAUAAACAAAAUGACACCCCGACUUCAGCUUACAACGACUGGGGCGACACCAGGCGGAAUUACGACGACACCAAUAAUUCAGAUGAUGGAGAGCGCGAAGAUUCGGAUAACGAUAAUAAUGUCAACAAUUCGCGGUCGCCAAAAAAAAAUGAUAACGUAAAUAAAGAUUUACGUGAGUCAUUGGAUACUUUAGAUAAAAUAAGAAAAUUGACGGCCACAAAUGUUUCGACUGGAGCGACAAAUAAUUCUCCAAGUCGUACUCGUCAACUAAAAAAAGUUGAUCUGGGUGCGGCUGCGCACUAUGGUCGUGAUAUUAUUAACGAUAACAAAAAGGACAAAGAUAAAGAUAAAAUAAAAGAUAAAGAUAAGGUUAAGGAUAAUGAUAUUGUCAAUGUGGAUAAUAAUAAAAUUAGUAGUGAGAAAAGUAAAAAUAUAUUUAAUGAUAUUUUUGACUCGCAAAACAACGGAGGUUAUGACGAUGACUUUAAUCCGAGAGACAGCGCUGAAAGCGGGAAAAAUUUGAACUUUGAUUUCAAUGCGACGUUUGAUAAACAGGGGAAGGAAGAGGUUAAGACUGGAGGUAAUGGUACGGAUGAGUUUGCGGACUUUACCUCGGCGUUCAAUUCGGGAGUUACGAUAGACAACUGGGCGGCGGGACCAACGGUAACGGCAGGAGAUACGACGGGUGAUUUGUUCGGGAACAAUGCGGUUACGAGGAGCAACAAUAAUAAUACUGGAUUAUCAACAGAUUUAUUAUCAGAUUUUGACGGAUUUAAUUCAUUUACCAAUAAUUCACAACAAAACGUCAAUAUUUUUAAUAAUUCUACACUUGACAACAGUGCCAAUUUAUUGUCAUGUACAAACAAUACCGGAUUUUUAUCUCCAAUACCAAUGAAUAGUAGAACAAACGAUUUGUUGACAACCUCAUCAGCAACGACACCAUCGCAAAUCGGAUCGACGUGGGCCGGCGCUGGGUUAAAAAUUGACUUAGACAAUUUAAUGGGCAAUAAAAAUAAACCUUCUGGUCCAGCGCCUACUAUGAAUCAAUUAGCAUCUACAAGUCCCCAACAUCAACCACUUCAAUCAACAUUGAGAAUGCAGUCAAUAGGAAACCAACAAAAUCCAAAUACUUUCCCUUCGUUCCUUUGAGUAUAAUUUUUUUUUUUUUUAAUAAAUUUUUUUUGAAAAUUUUUUUUAAGUAUAAAUAAGUAUUAAGUUUUGCAGCUAAAAAUGUCUUUUACGAUAUUAGAAAAUAAAGAAUUUUUUUUUUUUAUAAAAUAUAAUUAAUAAUAAAAAGACAAUACCGUAAGCUUCCGAAACGAAUUUAAGUGAAAUAUGAAAAUUCAUUUACGUUAAAUGUUAUUGUUGUAAUUUGUAAUUUUUUAAUUUUAAAAAAUAAAUCGUCUAGUGGGCUAGAGAAUGCGAUGCUGAGUGAAAUGAGUACCCACAUCGAUAUUUUCGGACGCGGUGCAAAUUAAUGAUAAUUAAGAUGAUUAAUUAAUUAAGGGCAGAGAGAGAAAAUGUUUAUAGGAGCAUAGGGUUGUUGGUACUCAUUUAACGUGGAAUUUUAUCACGAAUUCAAAUUUCAAAUUUAAAAAAAAAAAAAUUCGAAUUUUGAAUUAAUAAAUUUUUUAUUUUUUCUUUUUAUACAAAAAUUUUCGUAGGGUUAAAUUUGUAGUAAAAUUUCCUGUCGUUUGAGUACCCACAUCGAUAUAUUUAAAAAAAGUGCACGCAAUUAAAAAUUAUUAACAUAUAAUUGAUUAAUUAAUAACUAGAUUCAUCGCAGGAAGCUGUGGUUUAAAUCCAGGGUUGUUGGUACUCAUUUUACGCGAAAUUUCAUCGACUUUCCGAGUAUAAUUUUUAUUUUACAAAAUUUUCAAUUUCAAAAAAAUUAUGGCCCAUUUUUCUACCCAUCGUUUUUUUUUUUUUUAUGAUAAUCGGCUCUAGUCCUAGACGAAGCGGAUUAUAAUAAUCGAUUUCGUGUUUUUGAAAGGUUUUUUUAUUAGAAACGAAAAAUUAAAAUCAUUCCAAAUAUUAAAAAUGCAAUAAUUAAUAAAAAUAAUUUUGUUUAAGUUUUUUUAUUUUAAUCAUUCCAAAAAUAACAAAGAUUGAUUAUCGAUAUUAUAAAUAAAUAUAUAUAAAUGUAAAUUACACGGAUAUAUAGCUAAUUAGCAAGAAAAUAAUUAAUGGUAUGUAAAAUGAAUUAAUAGAUUGAAUUAAUAAGUCAAAAGAAUAAAUAAAAGGAAACAAUAUUAAUAAAAACAUCACUUGUUAAUAAAAAAAAAAAAACAUAUCUGUACAAUAUUUCAUAUAACAAUUAGUUAAUUUGUUAAUUAAUUGACUGUAUUAAAUUGCUAAGCAAUAAAAUCACUGAUAAGUUAAAGAAGUAUAUUUAUAAUUACUAAUUAAUUGAAAGAAAAAUAAGUUAGAGAUAAAAAUUCAUCGGUUGUCUGCGUUAAAGAAAAGUUAAUUAGUAUUAAUUAUUAGGUAGAGUAAAAAAUUUUUUAUUCGAUAUAUCGAAAUUUGAAUCACUAUCAAAAUUUGUAUUUCGAUAAAUUGAGACUUGAUGAACUUACGAUCGAUGUAUCCAAACUUAUAAUCGAUAUAUCGAAAUUUACAAUCGAUAUAUCGAAAUUUACAAUCGAUGUAUCGAAAUUUGCAAUCGAUAUAUCGAAAUUUUCAAUCGAUAUAUUGAGAUUUGUAAUUCAAUACAUCGAACUUUGAUAUUCAAUACAUCAGUUCUUAAAUCGAUUAAUCGAAACUCAGAUCGAUAAAUCGAAGUAUGUAAUUGAAUAUAUCGAAACUUGUAAUGAUUUGAUUUAUCAAAUCUUCACUUGAUUUACUGAACUUUAAAUUCGAUAUAUAAAAAUUCGAAUCGAUUUAUCGAAAUUUGGAUCGAUCGAUUUAAAUUUUUUGUUCGAUAUAUCGAAAUUGGAAUCACUAUCAAAAUUUUUUUUUCGAUAAACUGAUACUUUAAUAUAUUAUCCCAAUUCGUAUUCGGAUAAAUUGUUAAUCUUACAAUCGAUGUAUCAAAACUUAUAAUCGAUAUAUUGAAAUUUACAAUCGAUCUAUCGAAACUUUAUCAAAAUAUUGAGAUUUGUAAACCAAUAUAUCGAACUUUGAUAUUCGAUACAUCGAUACUGAGAAACUUAGAUCGAUAAAUCGAAGCCCGAAAUUUGACAUAUCGAAACUCGUAAUUCGAUUGAUUAAAACUCGAUUUGAUCAAUCGAAUCUUAAAUUUGAUUUAUAAAAACUCGAAUCCAUUUGUCGAAACUUCGAUCCAUAGAUCGAAGUCUGUAUUCAAUAUAUAUCGGAACUUCUUAGUUGAUUUAUCAAAACUUUAUCAAAAUAUUCGAUUCAUCGAACCUUAUAUUCGAUGUAUAAAAUCUCGAAUCGAUUUAUCGUAAUUUGUAUUUCAAUAUAUCGAAACUCGAAUUGAUUUUUCGAUAGCUGUAUUUCAAGGAUUCAUAGUCUCGAUUCGAACUUUUGGUUCGAUAUAUCGAAAUUAGGAUCGAUAUGUAUUGAAAUUUUAAUCGAUAAAAGUAAAAAUAUAUAUUUUGGAAUUUUUAAUUAAAUAUAUCGAAUCAUAAAUUUGAUAUAUCGAACUUUUAAUCGAUGUAACGAAAUCGAUUUAUUGAAAUUUCAAGUUCGAUGUAUAUUGAAACUGAACUAAAGAAAUCGGAAUAAAAAUUUAAUAGAUCGAAACUUGAAUCGAUGUAUCGAAAUGUGAAUCUAUAAAUCGAUGUAUUGAAAUGUGAUUCGAUAAAUCGGUAUAUCGAAACGUGAUUCGAUAAAUCGAUAUGUGAUUUGAUAAAUCGAU